AACUAACUAAACUAAUAUUCAAUAAUCAAUAAAAUAAAAACUAUUAUAUAUAAACAUUUAAAUGAAAUCUCUAAUAGUUUUAGUAAUUCAAUUAUCAGUAAUAUUAUUACUAUUUGAUUUGUCCAAACAGUCUAAACUUAUUGAUAAUAAUAAUAAUAUACCAGAUUUGGAUAAUAUCCAGGCACCGGUACCACCACUACCCGUUGUUGUCAAUCAACCUAAUAUACCGGUUGAAUGGGAUUGGAGAAAGUAUGGUAUAGUAACACCAGCUAAAAAUCAGGGAUUAUGUGGUUCGUGUUGGAGUUUUGUAUCGGUUGCUGCACUCGAAAGUCAUCUAAUGAAGGUUCAGAUCGCUGAGGGAAAGUUUGAUCCGAAAAAACAAUUGUCAUUAAGUGAACAAAAUCUGAUCGAUUGUACCACUAAUUACGGAAAUGAUGGUUGCAAUGGAGGUACAUCUCGUAAUGCCUUUGAAUACGUAAAUGAAACUAAAGGACUCAAUACUAUCAAUGAUUAUCCAUAUACUGGAAAACUCAACACUUGUCGCUAUAAUAAAGAAAAACGAGUCGAUAUAGACAUCAAAGAUAUCGUACGUAUAACUACCGGCUCUGAUCAGGAACUGGUGUCAGCUAUCUAUACGUACGGACCGGUCACUGUUGCCAUACAUGUGACCAACAAUUUUCACAAUUAUAGUUCUGGUAUUUUAGAUGACCCAAAAUGUGAUGCAAAUAAUAUUAACCUAUCAUUGCUUGCCAUUGGUUAUAAUCCCGAGUAUUUUAUACUCAAAAACAGUUGGGGCACAAAAUGGGGUGAAAAUGGCUUUCUAAGACUGUCCCGUUCAAAGGUCAACAAUUGUGGUGUUAGUCAACAGGCCUACUAUCCAGUGCUGGCCAAUGAUGUCGGAACCGAUCAAAUCAGAGACAAACUAAAAGAAAAUAACAACAAAACAAUAAUGAAAUCUUCAAUUGUUAUUGUAAUUCAAUUAUUAUUAUUAUUAUCGUUAAUUGAUUUGUCUUAUAACCAGGACUCAGCACCUGUAUCAUCUAGUAUACCACUUGAAUGGGAUUGGAGAAAGUAUGGUAUAGUAACACCAGCUAGAAAUCGGUUUAAUUGUUCAGCGACUUGGAGUUUUGCAUCAAUCACUGCACUGGAAAGUCAUGUGAUGAAGGCUCAGAUAGUUGAGGGAAAGUUUGAUCCGACAAAACAAUUAAUAUUAAGUCAACAAAAUCUGAUCGACUGUUCCAAUGAAUUCGGUAACCGGGGUUGCGAUGGAGGCUAUACUCGAGCAGCUUUUGAGUACGUAAAUGAAACUAAAGGACUCAAUACUAUCAAUGAUUAUCCAUAUAUUGGAAAAUCCGAUAUCUGUCACUUUAAAUAUAAAAAACGAGUCAAUAUCAGCAUAAAGGAAAUCAAACGCAUAACUACCGGAGCCGACGAUGAAUUGGUGUCAGCUAUCUAUACAUACGGACCGGUCACUGUUGGCUUUCAUCAAACCGAUAACUUUGUAAAUUAUAGUUCCGGUAUUUUUGAAGACUACACAUGCGAUGCCAAUAAAAUUAAUGUUGCAUUGGUUGCCGUUGGCUAUACUCCCGAAUAUUUUAUACUCAAAAACAAUUUUGGCACAAAUUGGGGCGAAAAUGGUUACGUUAGACUGUCCCGGUCUAAAUAUAACAAUUGUGGUGUUAGUGAACAGGCCUACUAUCCAGUGCUGGUCAAUGAUAUGGGAACCGAUAAAAUCAGAGAUAAACUAAAAGAAGUUUCAUUGAAUUAA